CCGGCUCUUACACGCUAUCCCGGGCCGAAGCGCCGCCCAGAGCGUGUCCAGUUUGGUGGGGUCGGGAUUCGCCCGGCCUGGAUGAGCCGAGCGGCCGAGGGCGCGGUGGAGGACGCGGCGCGGCUGGCGGGGCCUGCGCUGGGGACAGCGGCAGCUCUGGGGGCGCAGAGCGGGCGCGCAGAGGUCUAAAAGUGCCCUCCAGACGCGGCCCUGAUGACCGAGCUCCAGCAAGAUGUGGACGACACAAAGCCUGCCAAAGUGCUCGGCAAGAGAGAGAGCAAAGUUAGCGCAGCCCACUCAGAGGCUGAGAAUGGUGUGGAGGAGAAAAAGAAGGUCUGCAGGUCGCCAACAGCCCUGUCCCCUACUCCGUCCCCAGAGGCCGAGUCCCCCGACCAGAAGAGACUCAUCUCCCUGCGGUCAAAAUCCAGUUUUGACGGUGCAAAUGAUAAGAAUGACUGUAAAACGGAAAGCAAAAAUGACUCUAAAACUGAAAGGAAAAAGUCUUCCUCUUCCAGCCAGUACAAAGCGAAUAUGCACUUUCACAAGCUGUUUCUUGAUGUCCCAACUGAGGAGCCGCUGAGGCAGAGCUUUACCUGUGCUCUACAGAAAGAAAUUUUAUAUCAAGGAAAGCUCUUUGUAUCAGAAAAUUGGAUUUGUUUUUAUUCCAAGGUCUUUGGAAAAGAUACUAAGAUCUCUAUUCCAGUCUUCUCAGUAACCUUAAUAAAGAAAACCAAAACUGCCCUGCUGGUGCCAAAUGCCCUGAUUAUAUCGACAGUCACUGACAGGGUGAGUGUGCUGAGAGCCAGGCAAGAAAACUCUCCUAAGUCAACUGAAGUAAUGAAUAUAGAACAAAACAAAAGCUCCAGUACACUGAUAUUGAUGUCCCUAAGAUGGUUAGGAGAGGUUAUAGCAAAUAUUGAAGAAAAAAAGGGCACCAACAUCAAGGAUUUCAACGAUGAAUUCUCAGAUCUGGAUGGAGUGGUUCAGCAAAGGCGGCAAGACAUGGAAGGAUACAGCAGUUCUGGUUCUCAGACUCCUGAGUCUGAGAAUUCUCGAGAUUUCCAUGUGACAGAAUCCCAGACGGUUCUUAAUGUCUCCAAGGGAGAAGGAAAGUCUGCUCGGGCAGACAUCCAUGUGAAUAGAGUCCCUGAAGGAAAAACUAAGAGUCUCCCUGCACAUGGUCAGUCAGAAACCAUUGGAGCCUUAUACAAAGUAAAGCCAGAGAAGUUUCCAACUCUCCACCAAAUUCUUGUAUUCUAUGCAAUUGUUGUCUGUAUACUAAUCAUCUCAACCUUCUACAUGAGAUACAGAAUUAAUACUCUAGAAGACCGCCUCGGGUCACUAACCUCAUUUGUGGAUCCCCAUCAUACUGAACAGACAGCACCAUCCGGCCUUGGGUCACAAGUACAAUUAAAUGUGGAGGUCCUCUGCCAAGAGCUUACCGCUAACAUAAUGAAACUAGAAAAGAUACAAAACAACUUACAAAAGCUGCUCGAGAAUGGUGACUAAAUGAUCAGAUUGCUUGGGCCAACACAAUACCUCAUGCUCCCCUUUGAAGAAGAUGCUCCCCUUUGAAGAAGAUGCUCCCCAGCACAUCCUGGUGAAGCGCUCCCUGCUGGCCAGUGGAGCAAGCAGACAGGCAGCUUGGGCCCUGUUUGCACGUGGAGGUCUCCCCACUCAGGAAAAAGGGGGGUGGGGGAGGGAAGGGGAAUAAUUUUGGUUUCUGUGCAAUAAAAAAUAACCAUGAUUCUCUGAGGACGUUUUCACUGCUGCUGCCUGAAGAAAAGUGAGCCAUCCCUGGAGGGUUCAUGAAGUGCCUGGUGGCUUCUCUUGGAUGACUGGUUCAGCAGUGAGAGUGACUGAAAGCACACACACUCCACUCUAUGCCUUUUCAGUACUUGCAGUCAGCCUUUUCUCCUUUGAAACCCCCCUCUUUACCGUCAAAAACUAAAGAAUUUAUUUUGUCAUGUGCCAGCAGACUCAGUAUGGUCCCUGCAAGAGCCUUGACUCUUCAAAAAGGCAAAGGGCUCUGGGAGACAGAUUUGUUUCAAACAAGUAACAGCGAUGUUCUCUUUUUCUCCUUCUGCUGUUCUAUUCUAACUUAAAUCACCUGUGUAUAUUACCAUCUGAGUUUGAGUAUUAUUGACAAGCAAAUCAGGCAAAGCAGAUGAAACUAUCCCACUUGGAUUUUGUUUUGUUCCUCUAUUAUUUGGUUGAACUGAUUCUCACCCAUACCAGGUCAUGAAUCUGUGAGAAAAAUCCUAAAUUAAACUUACUUUAAAACCAAAACUAAUCGUUAAACCAAAAGAUAUUAUAGUGAUUUUCUAGGGGAUGAAAAACAGAGUUUUUUAAGAUUGUAGGUAAAUUUUCACUAGUUUCAUAACAGAAUGUCUAUAGUGGAUUUUGAGACUGUCAGUAUGAUGACAGCACAUAUUUUUCUUUCACUGACAAAAGUUAACUGGUGGUUUGCUAACUUCUAUUUGCUAUAAGGGUUGGCUGGUUUUUAAUAAUAAUUAUGUAGGUACCAUAAGACCUGUAAGUUAAAAAAAAUACUGUUUCUAUCUGAAUGCAUUUUAUAAUCAUUUCUAUGAAAUGUAUUUUGUUUAAUCAGAUAAGCUAAUAAGUGAAUUGGUUCCAUCAUUUGUAUUUGGCAGCCCACUGGACACGAACUGUGCCUGGUGCACCCCUAGCUUUUAAUAAAUACUCAUUGGAUAAAUGCA